CGCCGCCGCUGCGGGGCCGGGAGCGCAGCUGGGGCGGGUGCCAGAGUGCAGUGUUGCCAGCAAGCCACGGGACAGGAGUGGAGCUUUUGAUGCCUCUCCCGGGAGUCCCCAGAGCCAUGACUGCAACUGUGCAGACGCUGCGGUUCAAGCUGCUGCCGCACGAGCCGGGCCAGGAGUGGGGGCACAGCUGCCAGCAAGAAAUUGAACGUCGCUACCAGGUGGUGCCCUCAGUGGUGUGCGCCAUGUGCUGCCUCUUUGGCAUCAUCUACUGCUUCUUCGGCUACCGUUGCUUCAAGGCCGUCAUGUUCCUGACAGGGCUGAUGUUUGGCUCCAUCAUCAUCUUCAUGCUGUGCUACAAGGAGCGGGUGCUGGACACACAGCUAAGCGUGGAGGCCUCGGUGGGCAUCGGACUGGGCAUUGGGGUCCUGUGCGGGCUGGUUACCAUGCUGGUGCGCAGCGUCGGCCUCUUCAUGGUGGGGCUACUCCUGGGGCUGCUGCUGGCGGUGGCCACGCUGGUGGUGAUGGAGCAGUUCUACCACCCGCCGACAGUGUGGAUCCCCAUCGCGCUGCUCCUGGGUGUGGGGAUGCUCUUUGCUGUCCUCACCCUGCAGUGGCAGCGCUUCUUCACCACCCUCUCCACCGCCGUCUUCGGCAGUGCCAUCAUGACCGUCACCAUCGACUACUUCAUCGAGCUCUUCCUCCUGGUGCAGUACAUCUACGAGCGCAUCAAGGUGGCCCCCGCUCGCCCUGUGUGCUGGUACAGCUGGGUCAUCCUGGGUGUCUGGCCACUCCUCACCACGCUGGGUGUCCUUGUCCAGUGGAAGGUCACAGCUGAGGGCUACUCCCACACAGAAGUGAUCAUCAGCCGGCAGCAGCGCCGCGUGCAGCUGAUGCGCAUCAAGCAGCGGGAGGACCGAAAGGAGAAGAAGAAGAAGCGGAGACCCCACCACCCUCCACCCCACCAGCACAAAGCCCACCCGCCUGAGCCUGCCUACCGCCGCAAGCCCAACCCUGUGCGCCGCUUCGACGGGGACGUGCUCUCCCCCAGCUACAUCCAGAGUUUCCGAGAGCGGCAGACGGGACCAUCCCUGAACAGCCUCAUCACCAGCUCCCAUGCCGUGGUGGACCUGGACUAUGACUGCAGCUCCACUGUGCCCCUCACCACGGGCUCUGGCCCUGCUGUGAGGGUAUAAGCCAACCCAGUGACCUCGAGUGACACCAGCACCUCAGCCUGCUCCAGCAGACCCUCUUGGACAGGCGGAGCUGUGCCCUCAGGCCCGAGUGGCUGCGUGUGGCUUGGGGCUGCAGAUGGAGACCCUUCCUGAGGACACAUGGGACUUGGCUGGGCAAGCCCUGGCUGCCCACAGAGUGCCCUCAGGAGGGAGCUGAGGGAGCCCUUGGGCAGGGACUCAGCCCUCGG